UUUUGAGAAUACAUUCCAACUUGAACAGGGUGAUCAGGGUGUCCAAAUUGUGGGUAUAUGGGGUAUGGGUGGUUUGGGAAAGACCAUGCUUGCCAAAGAAAUAUACAACAAAAGAUCUUCUUCCAUAGAUAGCUCUAGUUUUAUUGUUGAUAUCAGAGAAGCCAAAUGUAUGUUAGAGAAAAAGCAGAUUGAACUCCUCAAAGGCCUUGGUGUGGAUAAAUCAAUUGACAAUGUAGAGCAAGGUAAGGCUAUUCUUGCCAGGAUUUUGGGAUCUUCUAGGGUGCUCAUUGUUAUGGAUGGUGUUGAUCAUGUUGAUCAAUUGGAUGCUCUGAUACCGGCAAAAGAAUUGGAAAGGGAAGUCUCAUCAUUGUUACAACACGCAAACUUGAAGUGCUUAAUUCGUGGGGUAUAUCAUCUGUGUAUAAAAUGAAAGCAUUACAUCCAUGUAACACUGAGCAAUUAUUUUGUUGGCAUGCAAUUUUACAAUCCUCUCCUCUUGAUGGAUUUGAAGAGCUUGUUGAAGAAUUUGUAGAGGCUUGCAAUGGAUUGCCCCUAUCUCUCAAGAUAUUUGGAGGGCUGUUAUAUGGAAACCUCAACAAAAAAUAUUGGGAGUCUUUGCUGCAUAGAAUAUUACUCACUGAUAUCAAAGAGAGACUCAAAAUAAGUUACAGUGCCCUUGAUGAUGAAGAAAAAGAGGUAUUUCUUGAUAUUGCUUGUUUUUUAAUAGGAGAAAAGGAAAGUUCGGUCAUUGAAGUCUUCGAAGGAUCAGCGUGGAGUGGUCUGUACACAUGGGAAAGACUUGUAAAUAAAUGUUUAGUUGAGGUUGAUGAUAAAAAUUAUAUAAGGAUGCAUGAUCACUUAAGAGAUAUGGGGAGAAAAAUCGCAAGUCAACAUUCACCCUCCCGAAUUUGGUUAUCCCAACAGAUUAUUAAUUAUGCCAAUAAAAAAGAGAGAAGAAAUGGCAUUCGAGGAAUUACAACUAUCACAACUGGAAUGGAAGAGUUGUUGUCAUAUAGAGAGGAAGUGGCACCCUAUUUAGCUGCAUUAAAGCUUCUGGUGAUGAGAGGAGAUUAUUUUAAUCAAAUAAUCAAUGAAGUCUGGCUUCGCUGGUCUGAAAUUGGGCAGAGAAAUCUUCCGCCACAACACUCAUUGAAAAAUUUGAGGGUUUUACAACUCGAGGGAGGCUACUUCGGGAAAACCCACUUAGAAGAGUUGUGGGAGGCUGAGAGUGACGGAUGUGGAGACCUCAUACUUAGGUCAGAUGAUUUUCAAAAUAUUACAAAGCUGGAGUUUCUGGAUCUUUCUGGGUGCAAUCAAUUGGAAGAGUUGCCUCGUCCUAUCACAAACCAGGUGUUUUUGAGAGAGUUUUAUUUAGAUGAUUUGCAGAGGCUAAGGGAGAUUAAAAUCGGUCAACUAAGCAGGCUGCAAAAGAUGCCUGAAAUCUUUGCCGAACUCCUUUGGAAAUUUGUUCUCUUUAGCUCAUCUUUCCAUUCGGUAUUGUGA